AUGGCGUCGCUUGGGACGCCAGGCGCAACCGGGCCGGCCCCCACCGGCACGCCUGGCUGGCUCCAAGAGGCCGGGAGACAAAUCGAAAUCUCUCCCGGCGCCAACGGAACAAUCGACCUCACCGACGGCACGGGGCGCAUGCCACCACGCCCCGCGACAAUCAUGGUGCAGGCGUGGCCCGCCAAGAGCAGAAAGGCGACCGUGCUCGAGCUCGCCAUGGCCGAAGGCACCGUGGACGACUUUGAGGCCAAACUGGUCGAGAUGGGCCUGCGCGAGGGCUACCGCCUUUACCAGCUGCACGGGGACAAGCUCGAACCGCAGCCCACCACGUACCGGACGGUGAUGGCGCUUUUGCCGUCGCGCCGCAGCGCAGGGGGGGGCGCCCGCCCGUCGAGCGAGCGACGCGAGCCGACCAAGCUUCUCGUCUCGAAGCCGCCGUCGUUCGACAUGCUCUCCAAGGUGAUCGCGCCCGAGUUCACCGCGGCGCAGGGCAUCAAGGAGAUCCUCGACAACGCGAUCCAGUCCCUCGAGCUUCUCGCCAGCGGCUGCUGGACGCCGCAGCUCGUCAUACUGAUCGACCUGGCGCGCGGGCGGCUGCGCGUCGUCGACAACGGCGGCGGGCUCAACCCGACCCAGAUGGAGGACUGGGCAGAGUGCGGCAACUCCACCAACCGCUCGCGCGUCAACGAGAUGCUCGAGGCCGCGGCGGCGCGCUCCAGCACCGACCCUCGUGCCGCCAAGGACAACUCGCCUUGGAACCGCGAGUACAUCUGCGAGGAGUGGGAGCCCGAGACAGAGAAAGAGCUGCGGCAGCUCAUGGACCGCGACGGCUGGGGCGACCGCAUCACCUGCCUCGAAGUGGACCGGCUCGCGCCUUCGGUGGUGGAGAAGCUUCGCGAGGCGGUCGCCGACCCGCACCGCUCCGAGCUCGUGGGCGAGAUCGUCGACACGUGGGCCUACUCCUUCGAGCCGCGGCUGUACGAGGCGGUUGCGCGCGACUGCAACACCUUCAACAGGGAGAAGGACCCUCCGCCGCUGCGCAUCACCGCCAGCGUCGAGGCGUGUGGCAUCGACGGUGGCGCGGCGGACCCGACCAGCCUCAACGCGCUGGCGGGCCUCAAGUACCAGAAGCUUGCAUCCCAGGCCGCCUCGUCCUCGUCGCAGCCGCUGCGGCGCGGGCUUCGCGCCGGCGGCGCCUCGGAUGCGGAGGUGUUUUGCUACGAGUUUGACGUCACCGACGGCGCGGGCAAGCGGGGCAGGGCGCUGUUGCUUCUUCGCUACUACCCGAUCAAGGACGGCGGCGAGACGCUGCCCGCCGAGUGCAAGGCCGGCUUCGACGUCCGGUGGCAGAGCCGGCUGCUCAAGGACGAGCGGCUGCGCCUCCUCUCCUUCAUGGACCCCGCCGAGCUGUCGACCAAGGGCCGCGGCAGCGCGCAGAAGGAGCUGAGCUUGCUGCUGCAGCGCGUGGGCCACCGGCUGCACGGAGAGCUGCUGCUCGACCCGUCCUUCGCCGUCAACAAGAUGAAGUCUCAGCUGCUGCAGAGCGGCGAGGAGUCGAGCUCGGGCAGUAUCAAGCUCGUGCAGAUGCUGAGGGACAGGAAGGUGGCGGAGUGGGUGCGGCCGGGCGGGGGCACGCUGGUCGACGAGUUCCUGCAGUGGCUGAGGGGGCGCGAGCAGCUCGACGACAAUUUCCGGUUCGCGCCGAACAGCGAGCGCGGCGACGUCGAGGCGUGGCCACCUGCUAUGGAGGACGGGGCGUCGCCUCCACAGUUGCUUCACGGAGUCAGUGGCGACGUGCUCCGCCUCACCGGCUACGUGACGAAGAUUCUGCGGGCCGGCGACAAGACGUUGACGGCGCCGCGGAGCGAGUCUGGCCGACCUGUCGAGGCGGACGCGCUGCGGCUGUGGUUGCGCAAGGACAAGAGCAAGGUGUUCAACAAGACGACCAACGCGGUGUGGGCCGAGGUGUACGGUUUCUACUUCUUCGCUCGCUCCGGCCUCAGCGCGGUGGAGGUGGAGGAGGAGUGCCGGAGGGCGACCGACGGCGAGGUCCUCUACCUCGAGGCGGGCGCACGCGCGAAGGCCGCCUCGCUGACGGGCGAUGCGAAGGAGAAGGCGCUGAUGCUUCGCGCUUUGCCGCUCGAGCUCAUCGAGCUCAAGCAGUCCAGCUUGCGCAUCCCGGAGAAGGACUGGAAGGCGCACGUGAGGUCGCUGCAGGACGCGCACGAGAAGACCAAGCCCAGCGCGGUGGUCUGCAUCGACACCGCCACGGCCGACGCCACCGCCGCCGGCUCUUCCUUCGUGGGCGGGGAUAUCGAGCGGGACGUCCCGAUCGAGUACGCCUGCGAGGGCUUCAUCGAUGAGGGCAAGAAGCUGUGGCUCGCCGUGCAGGUGCACAACGGGUCGAACAAGGUGAUCAGCAAGACCGAGCUGGAGAAGGGUGGCUACGUGGUCAAGCUCACCGCGACGCACACCGAGGGCCAGGUCAAGCUCAUCGAGGCGAGCCACUUUUACGCCGGUGGCGCGGCGUGGUUGCAGCCGAAGCUCGACGAGCCCGGCGAGUGGGUCUGCUCGAUCGCCGUCGUCGACAAGAACGGCGCGACCGUCGGCAAGACGUGGGCGGUGACGAUCCCGGUCGCGCAGCCGGAGAAAUGCGCGUCCAUCGAGGUCGAGUUUGAGGACGAGGACGCGAUGCUGCGCGUGGGCGAGGCCCUCCCCCCGCUCGUGGUGACGGCGUUCGACUGUGUCGGCGUCCAGUUUGAGCUGUCCGCGCUCCCAGACAAUCUGGACGUCGACAUCGUCGACAAGAAGUCGCAAGGCCAGCGGCUGGAGCUCGACCCGUUCGAUCAGCAGCAGGCGGUGCUCGCGGACGGCAAGAUCCGCAUCUACAACCUCGUGGUACGCGGCCCCUUUGCCACCGGCAAGCACGCGGGCAGCGUCAAGCUCGGCGUUGCCUUCGGCGAGCUUAAGGCCGCGAAGACGAAGUGGCUCGAGAUCAAGUGCGGUCGGCCCGCCAACCUCUUGCUCGAGAACACGGAGGUGCUCUUCGACGCCGCGCCGUACGACGCCGGCGAUUCACUGCCGCCGAUGCGGCUGUUCUGCACGGACGUCCACGGCAACCCCGCCGGAGGCUGCUCGGUCUGGCUCGAGAUGUCGCACGACGGCGAGGCCGGGUCCGAUCCGUUCACCGGGCCGAGCGGGCCGUUUGAGACCAAUGCCAAGGGCGAGCUGGUCUUGGGCGGUGGCAAGAAGGCCGGCUUCAAGGUCAAUGGAGCUGUGCUGCGACCCGACGCGGAGGCAGUGGCCACCCUCAAGUUCGUCGCCACCCUCGAAGCCGAGGACGAGGCUGAGGACGCGGUGCUGGAGGUGCCGGUGCGGCUGGCGCAGCUCGAGCAGGAGGAGGAGCCCGAGCUGGCCACGCUGGCGAUGUCCGUCGUGCCGGGCCCGGCGGGCUCCUCCACCCCGACCGUCGGCUGCGAUGAGGAGUUCAAGAUCGAGCUGUACGGCUCCGACGAGGUCGGCAACGCCUGCCGCCUCGACCCCGCCGACUACGCCAAACCAUACCUCGCCAGCUCGGGGGGGCUGGGGGCGACUUGGGGCGACUGGAAACUAAACGGCGACGUGCUCGAGAUGACGGUGCAGCUCAGCGGCAAGGCGGGCGACAUCGAGAUCGAGCUGCCCGAGUCUGACGCCCACCGUCACAUCCACUGCGAGCCGCUGAAGCUCUCCCUCGUCGCCGGCGCGCCGAAUGCGGUGGUCGCCUCCGUGGUCGGCAACCCCAUCAACGGCGCGGAGCUGGUCGUGAGCGCACACCUCGUCGAUGAGCACGAGAACGUCGUCGAGAGCCACGGCAGCGUCGUAGAGUGGGAGCCGCUGAAGGCCGAGGAUCCGGACCAGCUUCACGUUCACUGCUCUGGGAGCGGCAAGAAGAAGGGCGUCCGCGCGCAGCUCAAGGCGACCGUGCUCGCGAAACAGACGCUGCGCGAGCCGGAUGAGUUUGGCCUCGUGCUGUCGGCGCGCUUCAAGAAGGGCGGCGUCUGGCAGACCGUCACCACCGAGAGCGUCGACGCGGACCCCUUCCGCGUGACGCUGCAGCCCGGCGCCGCCGUCAUCAGCGACUUGGUCGUCAGCCGCGUGCAGCUCGAGAACGAGGCGAGCGACACGACGAACGACUAUGUCGACGACGACGUCGAGGCGAGGCCGACGCACGAGGUGCCGAAGGUGACGCAACCGCUGGAGCCCCUGCCGCCGCAGCCGCUGCAUCUCACCGCCGAGCCCAGCGGCAUGCUGCCGAGGCUUGCGCUGCGGGUUCGCUACGAGGACGGCGGCUUCCUCGAGCACCCCACGAAGUGCCAACUGCGGGCGAGGCUGGUGCGGAGCGGGGCGUCAGCGGAGGCGCGCACGGCGCGCAGGCAGCAGCAGCCGGCGCUCUUCUGGCCAUCAUCCGGCGACUGGCAGAAGCGCGCCGGCGGCCCCGUCGAGCUGAGCCCGCCCGGCGAGGCGCCGGUGCAGGGCCUGCUGCUGCAGGAGGUGCCAGCGCCCGCCGAGCCGGGGGCGUACUCGCUCGAGCUCGCCCUCUCCUUUGGCAGCACGACGAAGGGCCUGCCGCCCUCUCAGCUGCUCAAGAGCGCGGAGCGGACAGAGGUCACGGCGGCUUUCGCCAUCGUCGUCGAGGCUGGCCCUCCCUCGAAGCUCCUUCCGGCGCUGCCCGGCUCGGGCUCGACAACAGCGCCGCUCAAGGUCGUGGCGAACGAGGCGACUGAGCUCGGCACGUUUGCGCGCCUCGUCGACGCCAUGUCCAACCGGCUCCCGUCCGACGGCACCGUCCGCCUCUCGCUCCGGCAGUACGCGAUGGGGUCGGAGGAGGGGCAGGGCAUCACGCUCGAGAUCGCGCAGCCGGACACCACGUUGCGCCUUGUGUCGGGCUGGCUCGCGGUGGACUACGAGAACCCCGCCGACGAGGGGGAGCGAGAGGCGGAGCGGCAUCGGCAGGCGGAGAGGCUGCAGGCGGCACAGGCCCGGCUGCAGGCGGCGGAGGAGGAGGAGGGCGAGCUCUCCCGGCGGCAAAAGGCAUGUGCUGGUCAGGUCGGUGCUGCGAGGCGCGCGCACGACUGCGCCAGCGCGGAGGUGCGCAGAAGCCAGGCGCUUCUCGCGCAGAAGCGCAGCAGUCGCGACGCGUUCGGCUUGGACGAGGCGGCCGUGAAGCGGCUCAAGACCGCGCACGGCAUCGGCGACGCGGACGCGGCGUCGGCGAGCGCGACGGGCGCCAUGCCGCCGAACACGCUCGGCCAAAAGCUGCGGGCGAAGGUCGCGCAGCUCGAGGAGAGCUUGACGGUGCGGGUGAGCGUCGACGGCGAGGAGGCGGAGCGGCGGCGCUUCGGCGACUUCCCCAUCCCUUUGGAGCCCGACGACAACUCGCGCGUGUGGCUCGAGCUGCGGCCGCGCUCCGACGCCGACGGCGCCCAGGGCCCGCACGGCAUCUUCAAGGUUUACUCGCGCGGCGGCGAAGAGCACGCUGAGGGCCCUGUCGACGAGCAGACCCUCUCGCCCGACCCCGAGGGCGAGUACCUGCUCGACGCGCUGCAGCCCGCCGUGGAGAGCGGCCGCGUCGAGAGCCUCUUCGAGAGCGGCCGCGUUGCGGACGAGCGGCUCUCCAACAUCCUCGCCGCGCUGCUGCCCUCGUGGUUUGGCGCCGACUGCGUCGUGCUCGCCCGGCCGCCCGCGGCGGCUCCGCCACCGCCAUCUUUCUUUGCCCGGCUGAAGGCCAAGCACCUCAACCCGCUGGCGUCUCCGCCGCCCGCUCUCCUCCCGCCGCCGCCCGCCGCGGCGGCGGCGCCGCCAGAGGAGGACGCCGACUCUGGGCUCCUCAAGCUUGGCCCGGGCGGGUCGCUGCACCCCCCCUUCGACGGCGCAAGCUUCUUGGUAAACCGCAUCUGCUGCGACGGCACCGCGGCGCGCACCGCAUGGUACCGCGCGCUCGGCGGCUACGGCGAUGCCAUCGUCUUCGACAAGUCGAGCGCCAUGAUCGACUCCGACGCGCCGGCCUCCUCUCUGCUGGUUGCGCUCGAGGACGACGCGGGCUUGGUGGGCGGCGGCGGCGGAGGGUACGCGGUGCGAUCCUCCGACGGUGGGAUGGGCGCACUCGCCAAGCCCGCCUCCUCGGCGUGCCGACUCGGGAGGCUCACCGAUGCGGACGAGGAGCAGGCGCUGAGCGGCACCGCCGAGGGCCGGAGGGUGGUUGAGUUUGAGCGGGCGGCGAGCGAGCUGAGCGAGCUGGAGCGGGCGGGUCGGGAGGCGGAGGAGGAGGAGGCCUCGGCGGAGAGGGCGUGGAGGGAGGCCGAGUGCGACUUGCGCCUGCUCGAGCAGGAGCUCGACCCGCUGCGCCACGAGGUGGAGCAGCUCCAGCAGCAGCUGGGCGUGGGAGGCACCGGAACCGGAGGCGGCCGCGUCCGCGGCAGGAAGCGGGCGCGCCAGGGGGUGGCUUAG